UUGCUUUCAACAACCGAAUAGAAAUACCUCCUACGUCCGUUGAAGUCAUAACUGCCACCGAAUUCGAAAAAUUUCGUGAAAAUAAUAAAAGGCAAUUAGAAAAGCUUAAUAAAAUGAUGAACACAGUCAUCACUGACAUCAAUCACCUUUCUUCCGAUGUUAAUACAACUAAAGAAGAUAUUAAGGGAAUUAACGGCCGUUUAAUGAUUUAG